AUGGCACCCAAGAUCGAAGCGCAGGAAAUCGAAACAUAUUGGAACAUCUUUGCAACAAGGACAAAUGGCGGAAAAUUCCUCACCGGCGAGCAAGCCGCGCCAGUCCUCAAAAACAGCGGGCUACGGGAUGACCAACUCGAACGCGUAUGGGACGUAGCCGACGUCGACAACGACGGCAACCUCGACUUUGAGGAGUUCUGCGUGGCCAUGCGCCUGAUCUUCGACCUGCUCAACGGCGAGUACGCCGACGUACCCACCACACUCCCCGAUUGGCUCGUGCCAGAAUCCAAGGCCCAUCUCGUCCAGGCCAACCGCGCGCUCACGGGGAAGGCGGUGCAGUUUGAACAGGUCGAGGACGAGGACGACUCGCUGGGGCUUAAGGACGGGUUUGAUUGGUAUAUGAGCCCGGCCGAUAAGUCCAAGUACGAGCAGAUCUAUCAGGAGAAUCGCGAUAUGCGCGGUGAAAUAGCCUUCUCCACCCUCCAAGACCUCUACGACUCCCUCGACGUCCCCGACACCGACAUCCGCUCCGCCUGGAACCUCAUCAACCCCUCCGCAGGCUCCUCCAUCAACAAAGACGCCUGCCUCGCCUUCCUCCACAUCCUCAACAACCGGCACGAAGGCUUCCGCAUCCCCCGCACAGUCCCCGCCUCCCUCCGCUCCAGCUUCGAGCGCAAUCAAAUCGACUACCAACUCGACAGCGCCCGGAAUAACGGCUCCUCCAGCUCGGCCUCGCAAUCCCGCUGGGCCACCAAAGCCGACGACGAGACUAGCACGGGCCGCAAGGCAAAAUUCGGCGACCAAUACCUCACCCGUCUCGGGCGCAGCGGUUUCAAAGCUGCCGGCACUGACUUCAGCACGGCCAAGACCGAUGCAGAUUGGGAAGAAGUCCGGCUCAAGAAGCAGCUAGCCGAUCUGGAUGAGAAGAUUGCGAAGGUUGAGGCCGGGGUUGAGAGGCGUAAGGGUGGGAAGCGCGAUUCCAAGCCGGCGUUGGUGAAGCGUGAGCUGGAGCAGUUGUUGGAUUACAAGCGGAAGCAGCUGCGUGGGUUGGAGGAAGGUGACGGGGGUGCUAAGUCGGCUGGUGGUGGGCUGAAGGGUGUGUCGGAGGAUUUGCAGGUUGUAAAGGAGCAAGUGGAGGGGCUAGAAACGCAUCUACGGUCACGGCAGGACGUGCUGGAGCAACUGAAGAGGGAGAUUGAAGACGAGAAGGCAGGACGGUAG